AGGCAUCUAUAGACCCCUCUCCUUCUGUCUGGCACCCAAAAAACACUGCCCCUUUUCCGAUUUUGGCGGGAGUUGAAAAAAAAGAGAAAAAUGAAAGCGCGCGAAAAUGCUCUCCCCCGGCCACUGCGGAGACGGACACGGAAAGUAGAGAUUGAUGAACCGGAGGCGGAACCCAAACCCAACGAGGACCCGGAUUUGGAUCUGGAGAAAGCAAGGCUCAUAAGCUUAGCUAUUGAUUUCGGAUUUGACGAAGACUCCGCCAAUAAGUGUUUGGAUCGCAUAAUUGAACUCUACGGUGAGGAUGGAAAUGAUUUCAUCACAGUUGAACACUUCGGCGACGAUUUUCUUGCCGCUUUGGCCGAUUCAAUGCAAGACGCUGAGGAUUGGGAUGAUCUGAAAGCCAUAGAAUCAGAAGUUUGUUGUACUAUGGCUGAUAUUCUGGAUAAGGAUGUUCUAGGCGACGCUGAAGCUGAAAAUGACGGAAAUAUUCCUAGAUACAUCACAGGGUACUCACCAGAGAGUACAAGGAAAAUGAAUCCAGUGGUGUUGGAUUCUUCUAGUGACAGUGAAGAUAUCCACUAUGACGGAAAGGUAGACAAGACCAGUGCUCCCCAGACUCCUUCACAUGCAUUUGGCUUUGUUACGAGCAGUGAAUGUGCUACUUCAAGUUCACAUAGGUCUCCUUCUCAAUAUGCGAAAUGUGCAAGCAAGGUUUCUAGAAGUUCCUUUUCAUCUCUAUCAAGUAACUCAAGGUCUUUAUGGACAUCGGUGAAUGGAGAUGUAACUCUUACUUACGGAGAAUUGCAGCGGUUGGAUGACAUUGAGUUAGCAAAUGUUGUAGUGUUUGGAAACCGCACUUUUAGACCUUUGCAACAUAAAGCUUGCCAAGCUAUUUUGCAAAAGCGUGAUUGUUUUAUUCUUAUGCCUACUGGAGGUGGUAAAAGUUUGUGCUACCAGCUUCCUGCAAUCCUGCAGCCAGGUGUUACAAUUGUAGUGUCACCUCUACUCUCACUCAUUCAAGAUCAGAUAAUCACAUUAAACCUUAAGUUUGGAAUACCAGCAACGUUUUUGAAUUCUCAGCAGAGUUACUCACAAUCAGCUGCUAUAUUGCAAGAAUUAAGGCAAGGAUCUUUUAACGAAGCAGAUUAUUGGUAAAGGACAUGAGUUAGCUGAUCUUUAUAUUUUGGAUACAUCCAUCACAAAAGGAAAGAUAAACCUUCAUGUAAGCUCCUUUAUGCAACUCCUGAGAGGAUAGUUGGAAACCUACAUUUUCAAGAGGUGCUUACUUCCCUACACAGGAAGGGAAACUUAGCUGGGUUUGUCAUUGAUGAAGCACAUUGUGUAAGCCAAUGGGGACAUGAUUUCAGACCAGAUUAUAGACUCUUGAGUUGUCUCAAGCGAAACUUCCCAUAUGUACCUGUGAUGGCAUUAACUGCUACAGCAACCCACACAGAUAUUUUGAAGAUCUUAAAUAUCCCUCGUGCUCUUGUACUUGAGACGAGUUUUGAUAGAUCAAACUUAAAGUAUGAAGUGAUUGGAAAGGGCAAGGAGCCGCUAAAGCAGCUUGGAGAAGUAUUAGCCAAUCGAUUCAAGAAACUUUGUGGGAUUAUUUACUGCCUUUCAAAAAGUGAGUGCAUGGAGGUUUCGAAGUUUUUGAACGAAAAGUGCAAGAUUAAAUCCACAUAUUAUCACGCUGGGUUGUCGGCACGUCAGAGAGUCACAGCUCAAAGGAGUUGGCGUGCUGGAGAAAUUGAUGUUGUGUGUGCCACUAUUGCUUUUGGGAUGGGAAUAGACAAACCUGAUGUUCGGUUUGUUAUUCACAACACAAUGUCCAAAUCAAUUGAAAGCUAUUAUCAGGAAGCGGGAAGGGCAGGGAGGGAUAACCUCCCUGCAACAUGUGUUGUUUUAUAUCAGAAGAAGGAUUUCAGCCGGUUGGUAUGCAUGUUAAGAAGCGGUCAAGGAUAUAGAAGGGAAAGCUUGAAGUUGGCUAUGGAUCAAGCUAGGAAGAUGCAGAGCUACUGUGAACUAAAGAAUGAAUGCCGUCGGCAAGCAUUAGUUGGACACUUUGGGGAGUUGAUUAACCGCAGUGCUUGCAGAAAUGGUUCCAAUCCUUGUGAUAACUGUCUCAAAAUAUCCUCAUAAAGCUUGCUUGAUAUAUAGAUGAUCGAGCAUCUGCUGUCCAGAGUUGCUGUUUUCCCUCGUUGUCCAAGCAUUGCUGCGAAUGCAGCCUGCAGGGCUCGUUGAUUAUACUCCAGGUAGGGGUGUAAAUGAAAUGGAUUCAGCUCAUCUGCCUUGCUUUGGCAUUAUACUCCAAGUAGGGGUGCCUGCCCAUUUUGAGUCAUCUGAUAAAAAAAUCAAUGAGAAAAGAUGAGUGGGUCUAUUUAGGUUAUCCCUGCCCUCUAUUUAGAUAAGGUACUUUGCCAUAACGCAAAAGAUCUCAAUCCAAAUUAAAUCAUAUACUACUGGGUGGAGUAUAUAAAUUUCCAAGUUUAUUUAGAUACGUAUGAUUGGAUUCUGAAAUAAAUGCUUCAAUUACUGCUUUCAUUUUUUAUCACUCAUUUCAUAUUU